AUGCAUAUGCAUUUUUUAGGUAUCUCUGGUUAUAGGUUAUUGAGCUAUCAAUCAAAAAUCACUGGGAAACCCCACAGGAAGAUUGUACAGGUGCGUGCCCAGGUGAUGAGAUGGGACAACAGCACUGGACUGUGGGGGCAGUGUGGCGGGGGUGGCCUCAGCCGGGUCUACCUCUUUAGGGUCCUUGGUCUCUUGCUUUUGGGUAAAGAUCCUGAACAGGAGAGCAAAGACCAGGAAAGGGUGGACACAGAUCAGGAAAAAGAAAACAAAGAUAGCGAAAAUGAUCACCAAAUGAAUGUUGAUGGCGCUAAAGUUGAUGUUGGUUUGGGCUUAGAAUCAGGAACAACAUCUGCAGACGACCCCGAUUUGGCUCCUAAGAAAGAUGUCUAUGCAAACUGUGAAGAGGGAUCAUCGCUGUCUAAAGAUGACUCCUACAGCAUCCAGGCCUACAGAAUUGUUGACAGCGCUAUGUUACUAAACUGUAACCUAACCAAAGACCUGGACUAUCAGUGUGCGAACAACAGCAUGUUACAUCACUGGGUGGUGGAUGGUCAAAAAUUUGGGCUGACAUUUCAGUCCUCUUCAGAGGCCAUCCUAUUUAAAGAGGCUGUGCUCCGAGCCCUGGCUCAUCUCAAAUUACACGAUGAUCUUCUGAGAAAAGGUGUUGAAGAUGUUAGGCACUUGAUGAAACCAUCCUUUACUGAAGGUCACAUCAGCUCUAUUAAUAAGAAUUUUGAAAAAACCCAAAGUGGACUGUCAAAAGAUUUUUCAUCAUCUCAGGAUAAAAACUUUGAUAUAUUAAGAAAGCGUCCAUAUCAACAACAACUACUUCAACAUAAGCAGCCACAGCAUCGGCAGCAGCAGCUGCUAUCAAAUCAACGAUUGUCGCAACAUGUAUCCCAAGUACUAAAACUGCAGCCACAACAAAUAGUUCCACCCCCACGCCUACAAACCACUGUGUUGUCGCAUCCAAUCAAACCGCGGGCCAUCACACCACCAUCUUCACCGACAAAUUUCAAUGUUUCGUCGUCGUCGUCAUCUUCGCCACCGAUAGCGCCAUCUCGGGUGCCCCACGGUCGACGUCAACCCUGCAAUAAUCCACCCGUUCCUCCGUCGUCAUAUCAAGUUGCAGCGGAUGUUCAUCGUGAUGUCUUGGUGCAAGGAGGUGCUACGCUGUCCUCUUACAGGCAUCCAGCACAUCUGCCAUAUCAUCUUGAGACGCUCGCAUCCAUCUCAGCAAUACAGGUACCGUCAUUACUACCAUCAUCAUCAGCUACAUCAACCGCGGCAUCAAUCGCGACAUCAACGAUUCCAUUCUCCUCUCCUCUCGUGGCCGUCACAUCAAAAACAUCUACCAUCGCCAACGAGUACAUACCUUCGCCACAACAACGACACCAACAAGUUGAACAGAAGCUCAGUAACUUCUGCUACACAAGCAACGACCAACAACAAAUAUCUACAACACCCAAUCCCAACUUCAUGACAACUGAUGAAUCAGUAAUGAUUGAAUCAACAUUUAGAAGAGGGUCCACAUUAUCUGCAGGUGAGUCCUAUGUUCACUUCACCAAGAACAAUCCAUGCACAGCAACGACCAAACACGACUACAGUUACCCAUCAUUGUUCUCCGUGCAGCACAACCAACCGGGCUGGGGUCGGGCCCACUCGAACCCUCGAAUAUCCUCCACAACCAAACCUCCUCUUGCCUCCAGAUCUAUGGGCAACACCUCAUCAUCUCUAUCCUCGUCACCGCAGCGACAUUCAUCACCACACGUUCUCCUGCCAAAGAGGUCAAAAUCAAAGGGAAAGCCGAGGAGUACUACGGUCUUCAGGUCAAAGUUCACGAGGGCCACAUCUUCCAGCAUGAUGUUGACUUUUGAUACUUCAAACGUUCCCCCUCACACGCCCUCAGCAAAAACCAAGUGCUAUUAUUGCCAGGAAUAUUUUAGCAGUAAAGAUUUUAGCGGAACGAUAUGUCGGGACGCGCCUAACAAAUACAUAAACUGCAUCAAGAAAGUUACGUGCUUCUGUUGUGCGGAGACUGCCAUAUACCAUUGUGCCAGGCCGAACGACGGCGACGAUGGCAACGAGCAGGGAGGAGGCAGUGAUGAGAGAUGCAAAAAAAAUCUGAUAUAUGCACUCGUCUGCUUGUUCGUACCAUGCCUCUGGUGCUAUCCAGUCUUGAAGUCGUCGCAUAACUGCGCCGUGGGCUGCGGUUUCUGCCGUCCCAAGCAUAAACCUACCGUAUGA